CCAAAACGCUAGCUUGAUAUAUUGUUCAAGUCGAAGAAACCGAAUCGCGGCGGCAGAGUGGAUGAGGAUGAGGACGAUUGGGGGCAAAAUGUUGAGCGAAUCGGCGGCGAUGUUGAUGAUAGCCGCUGUGUUUCUCUUUGCAAUCGCGGUAUCGAAAUCUCCGCCGUCUUCGGCUUCUUCAUUGGUUAAGAAGACCAUCUCUUCUCAUCCCAUUGUCAUCUUCUCCAAGUCUUAUUGCCCGUACUGUAAAAAGGCAAAAGCUGUUUUCAAAGAGUUGAAGCAAGAAGCAUAUGUUGUAGAACUUGAUCAGAGAGAUGAUGGGUGGGACAUUCAGGAUGCAGUUAGCCAACUUGUAGGAAGACGUACUGUUCCUCAAGUGUUCAUCAACGGGAAGCACAUUGGUGGUUCGGAUGAUACAAUUGAGGCCUAUGAAAGUGGGGAGUUGGCUAAGCUAUUAGGGAUUGAGGUCGAGGGUGAUGAUGAAGAGGAUCUAUAAGCCAAUAAUCAUCAAAUUAGUAGGGCUUGAAAUGCAGCAGCAGCAACUUAUUAAUGGUGCAUUUGCACUUGUUUUGGAUUAACUAACUUAAUUCUAUUACUUUGCAAUAGUGUAUCUCAAGCUGAUGCAAUUUUUUUACUUGUACUUGCAUUAAGGUAUUGACUUCAAAGCUAUUUAAAUGGAGACAUUUUGCUCA